UAAAUGUCUAAAUUUAUCUAAUAAAAGCUACAGGAAAUAUAACAGCAUAUAUAUCUAUAUCGACAAGUUAAUUUUACGUAAAUUGUCGAAAGUAAUCGUAACACUUCCGUUAAAAUUUAGAGAGUUUAGAGUUAUCAUUCCGUUUGCUCGUUUACACCAAUUUAGAAUAGAAGUAGUUAUGCGUCUUUUAAUUUAUCUCAUGGGCUACACUCUAGCUAAUGUAUUAGCUAUUUUAGAAAGAGAACUUCGCUCAGAUCGUCAUAGGAGGUACUUGGGUUUAGGGAGAAGGUUUAAGAUUAACCGCCGAUACCAGGAAUGCGUAGGACCCGGCGAUUUACCGGGACAUUGCAAGCAUCCCCUUUUUUGUGCUAUGAAUGUCGUCGGUUCGUCGAAAAAUCCCGUCGAACAUCUUUGUGUCAUAGAAAAAACGUUCGUGGGGGUUUGUUGUCCAGAUGACAUCUUGUUAAGUAAUAUAGUGGGUUCCCGAAUUAUUAUGGACCUUCCUGCAGGAGGUGAAGAUUACGAUGAACAGCAAAAUUUCACAAUGGGUAAGAAGAAAAACACUUUUCUUUCUUGCUUAUAA